AUGGAGAAAGAGGUGAACGAAAGUCGAAAGGGCCAAAAGGCUGGUGGUGGUGCGUGGGUUGAGAGAGAGCGAAGGAAGAAGAUGAAGGAUAUGUUCUCUUCCCUUCAUGCCUUGCUUCCUCAGCUUCCAGCUAAGGCUGAUCAUUGCACCAUUGUUGAUGAGGCAGUGAGAUAUAUCAAAUCCCUCGAGCACACUCUACAAACAGCGCAAAAGCAAAGGCUUACUAAAUUGCGGAGUAGCGCUUCUACAUCCAUUACAUCGAAAACAGAAGCUAGGAGUGAUGCUGGUGUUACAAGAAAAGCGUUUUUGGCUGAUCAUUUUCAGGAGGAGGAGGAUCGACCAUCAAAGAAGUUGGCUUGCGGAAACAAUCCAUCACCUACUUCUCUUGAUUCUCAGCAGGCCAGCUGCUUCAAGACGUGGUUUUCCCCUAAUAUUGUGGUGAACAUAUGCGGCAAUGAGGCUCACGUUAGUGUUUGUUCGCCAAGAAGGCCAGGGCUCCUCAGUACCGUCUUCUACAUACUAGAAAAGCAUAAACUGGAUGUUAUAUCUGCUCACAUUUCCUCGGAUCAGCAUCGCUGCAUGUACAUGAUCCACGCUCAUUAUGCUGGUGGAGCUUGUGAUGAUACUCUUCCAGCUGGGGCGUUAUCAGUAGAGGACACUUUCAAUCUAGCAGCAGGUGAACUGAACCUGUGCCUCUUUUCAUCUUGAUUCAUAUAUAUACACACACUCCUAUCUUUACAAGGAAAAUUUUCGAACUUUACCGAGUCUUUUGAGUUGAAAUCACACAUGGGAUAGUUUGAGUUAAGGCCAGAAACUGAUGGUGCCACAGUCACAUGGCUAGUAAAGGCA